AGUUCGAGAAGAAUGUCGCGGUCCGCGGCGGGCCGCGGGGGGUGCGGGAAGGCCGGGCCCGCGCGAGCCGAGCCCUUCGGCCGCUGAGCCGCCAGCCAUGGAGGACGAGCAGCCCGACAGCUUGGAGGGCUGGGUGCCGGUCCGCGAGGACCUCUUCGCCGUGCCCGAGCGGCACCAGCUGCGCUUCCUCGUAGCCUGGAACGACGCGGAGGGCAAGUUCGCGGUGACCUGUCACGACCGCACGGCGCAGCGGCGGCGGCAGCGCGAGGGGAGCCGGCCCGAGCCCGAGCCCGCCGCGUCCCCCCCCAGCUGGUCGGGCCUGCUGUCGGCCGCCGGGCUCCGCGGCGCGCACCGAGCCCUCCAAGUUCUUCAGGAGCAUGAUAAAGCCCACACCAUGGUGGCAUUAAUGAAAGUCUAUCGAGAGGAAGAUGAAGCUUACCAGGAAUUAGUUACGGUGGCAACCAUGUUCUUCCAGUAUUUGCUGCAGCCGUUUAGGGAUAUGAGAGAAGUUGCAACCUUAUGUAAGCUUGACAUUUUGAAAUCCUUGAAUGAGGAUGAUCUGGGUCCUAAGAGGAUAGUGGCCUUGCAGACGGAAGCCAAAGAAUGGAGCAGAAGGGCUGAAGGAGCUGUCGUCUCUAUUCAGGACAUCACCGUGAAUUAUUUCAAAGAAACCGUAAAAGCGUUAGCAGGAAUGCAGAAACAAAUGGAACAGGAUGAGAAGAGGUUUGGCCAAGCUGCCUGGGCCACGGCAGCUCCCAGGUUAGAAAAACUCAAAUUGAGGUUGGCCCAAGAGACCCUUCAGCUCAUGAGGGCCAAGGAGUUGUGUUUAAAUCACAAAAGAGCUGAAAUUCAGGGAAAGAUGGAAGAUCUUCCAGAACAAGAAAAAAAUACGGACGUUGUCGAUGAAUUAGAAAUACAAUAUUAUGAGGUCCAGUUAGAACUGUAUGAGGUUAAAUUCGAGAUAUUAAAAUAUGAAGAAAUACUGCUUAUUACACAGUUGGACUCAAUUAAAAGGCUUAUAAGAGAUAAAGAGGGGGAAGUUGUCUAUUACGACCCAUGUGAGAGUGCAGAGGAACUUGAGGCCGUGGCUUGUGCGGCGGGGCUGCCUGGCGACGAGGACCUGGAGGCGGCAGAGCUGAGGCGGCAGCACCAGCGCCUGGAGCGCAAGCGGGGCAGGAUCUGUGCCCGGAGGGCCUGUCUCAGGAACAGACGGGAUCAGUGCAAAGAGAAUCAUCGGCUCCGACUACAACUGGCUGCAGAAAGUAUGAAACACUUUCAUCAGCAUCACAGUAUCCAGAUGAAAAGAGACAAGAUAAGAGAAGAGGAGCAAAAGAAAAAAGAAUGGAUAAACCAGGAACGCAAGAAGACACUCCAACGAUUGAGAGCAUUUAAAGAGAGGCGCCCGGGCGGGUCUGCAGCGACAUCGCCCUGCUCGGGGGCUGCGGCCCUGCACCUGCCAGCUGGGCUCGCCGCGCAGACGGCUGCGUCCCCAGGGGAGACACCUGACGGCAGCGAUGCGAAAACCCGUGAGGAUCGGGACUGUUCUGGAAAUACCGACCAGAGCUCUGUUCCAGCUGGUGACCAAACACGCUCCAAAUCCAGUGAGGAACUGUCGCCGCCACCGCCACCACCGCCACCACCACCACCGCCACCGCCGCCCCUCCCUGGUCCGUACGCAGAUCGCCAGAACUCGGCCCUGAGGACUCCGGGGACAGAGGAGCCGCUUCCCCUGUGGGGCGAACCGCCUGCCGUGAGAGCGCGCCACUGCGCAGCCGUAGCCGGUCCCCGAGGCCCAGGAUCUAUGGACGAAGUGCUGGCCUCCUUAAGGAGCCGCAGGACCCCUCUGCAGAGAACGGAGGUGACCGCCUCGCCCCCUCCCCGCACCUCGUUCAAUGAGCAACUUCUGGCUGCCAUAAGGCAGGGGGUCAAACUGAGGAAAGUUCACUCCGGCCUCGACCUGAGCCCCAGCAGCAAACCAACCAGUGACCUGGAGACAAGUAUCAAGGCGGCACUCCAGAGAAUCAAGAGAGUGUCUGCUGACUCGGAGGAGGAGGACGGUGACGAGCCGAGCCCCGGCAGCGAGUGGGACCGCUGAGCUCUCCUCCACGGCCAACGGCACCACCCGAGCGCUUGAAUGAGACGCAGGCCCAAGGUCUGUUCUUGUAAAGGCAUGUGAACAGGUGGCCCGGCCACAUAACAGCCCCAGAGACCAGUGGGGCUUCGUGUGAUGUUGCGGCCUUUCUUGAAUGUUGUGGCUCCUAAAAUCAGGGCGGGACGUAGAGACGUGGGGACAUGCACACACCAAACUGUUGGGAUCUAAGAACCCACAGUAUUAGCGGCGUAAGAGAAGAGUAUUUGUUUUUCACCGAGGGUGAUCUAGAAUCAUUCCCUUCUUCCAAAAAAAGGUGAUGCUACUACGUUUAGCGGCGCUGUUGUGCUACUGACCAUGUCCUCCUGUGUGGAGCCGUGGCCUCCCCACAUUUAAAGGCUUGAACGUGGGGGUGCCUGGGUGGCUCAGUCGGCUGAGCGUCCGACUCUUGGUUUCGGCUCAGGUCACGAUCUCAAGGUCACAGGAUCAAGCCCCGUGCCAGGCUCU